CACUUUGAGGAAGAGGAAGAUGUACGAAGAGUUCUUGAGCAAAGUAUCUAUUUUAGAGUCUCUGGAUAAGUGGGAGCGUCUGACCGUGGCUGAUGCUCUAGAACCGGUUCAGUUUGAGGACAGUCAGAAGAUCGUGGUUCAGGGAGAACCGGGAGACGAGUUCUUCAUCAUCCUGGAGGGAUGUGCAGCCGUUCUGCAGCGCAGGUCAGAGAAUGAGGAGUUUGUGGAGGUGGGCAGGUUAGGACCCUCAGACUACUUUGGUGAGAUUGCGCUGCUGAUGAACCGGCCACGAGCAGCGACAGUUGUGGCUCGCGGGCCUCUCAAAUGUGUCAAGCUGGACCGGCCACGCUUCGAGCGAGUUUUGGGCCCCUGCUCCGACAUCCUGAAACGCAACAUCCAGCAGUACAACAGCUUCGUGUCGCUCUCCGUCUGAAAGCCGGAAAAAACCUCCACCUCGGCAGGGUCCAGGGUUUCGCUUAUUCACACACACCACACACAUGCUUCAUUCAGAGCUUUAACAUCGGACAUUUAGAGCCAAACGAAAGACAAUCAAACUAGGGCUGCAUGAUACUUGGAAAACAUGUGAUGUACAGUUGAAAUCAAAACUAUUAGCCCCCCCUGAAUAUUUCUGUUUAACGGAGAGAGGAUUUUUUUCAACACAUUUCUAAUCAUAAUAGUUUUAAUAACUGAUUUAUUUUAUUUUUGCCAUGAUGACAGUAAAUAAUAUUUGACUAGAUAUACACUAGUAUUCAGCUUAAAAUGACAUUUAAAGGCUUAACUAGGUUAAUUAGGCAGGUUAGGGUAAUUAGGCAAGUCAUUGUAUAACAGUGGUUUGUUCUGUAGACCAGUGUUUCCCAACCCUGUUCCUGGAGGCACACCAACAGUUCAUGUUUUGGAUGUCUCCCUCAUCUGACCCAUUAACUUCAGGUUUUGGAGUCUCUUCUAAUGUUCUAAUGAGUUGUUUCUGGUUUGUUUGAGUAGGGAGAGGAUGAAAAUGUGUACUGUUGGCGUGCCUUCAGGGACAGGGUUGGGAAACUGCAUUAGAAGAGACUCCAAAACCUGAAGUUAAUGGGUCAGAUGAGGGAGACAUCCAAAACAUGAACUGUUGGUGUGCCUCCAGGAACAGGGUUGGGAAACACUGCUGUAGACUAUCAAAAACAAAUAUUGCUAAUAAUAUUGACCUUAAAAUAGGUUUAAAAAUUUUUUAAACUGCUUUUAUUCUAGCCGAAAUAAACAAAUAAGACUUUCUCCAGAAGAAAAAAUAUUAUAGGAAAUACUGUUGAAAAUUCCUUGCUCUGUUAAACAUAAUUAGGGAAAUAUUUGCAAAAGAAAUUUACAGGAGGGCGAAUAAUUUUUACUUCAACUGUACAUGUGUUUUUUUUUUUGUACAAAAUUAUUUAUUUAUGUAAUGAUCAUGCUAAAAUAAAAAGGUAGUAAUGGAUAUUUCUCCGAUCUAACAAACAUUCUUAUCUAAAAAUCUGUCAAGGUGCAAACAUUUCGACACUGAACAAAUGAAAACCUGGGCAGACAUUCUGACUCUUAUUGGCUAUCUAGCAUUUAUUUUCAGCUAUAGAUUCGCCUUCUGGCCAAUAACAGAACAGCACCUACUGGGUAGGUGGGUUUAAAGAUGUUUAGUUUUGGCUUAGAGUUUUAUUGUCGGUCAUUUAUUACACCUCUCUUUGUGCAAUAUGAGUAUCGCAUAUACACUACCUGAAAAAAGUCUUGUCGCCGAUUCCAGUUGUAAGAACAACAAAUAAUAACUUGACUUCUACUUGAUUAUUUGGAAAAGUGGCAGAAGGGAGAUUUUGAUGAAUCAUCUGUUGAACUGCAUCCCAAUCAUCACAAAUACUGCAGAAGACCUACUGGAACCAGCAUGAAGCCAAGAUUCUCAUAGAAAUCUGUCAAGUUUGGUGAAGGAACAGUCAUGGUUUGGGGUUAUAUUCAGUAUGGUGGCAUUCAAGAGAUCCGCAAAGUGGAUAGCAACGUCAACAGCCUGAGGUAUCAAGACAUUUGUGCUGCCCAUUACAUUACAAACCACAGGAGAGGGCAAAUUCUUCAGCAGGAUAGCGCUCCUUCUCAUACUUCAGCCUCCACAUCAAAGCUCCUGAAAGCAAAGAAGGUCAAGGUGCUCCAGGAUUGGCCAGCCCAGUCACCAGACAUAAAUAUUAUUGAGCAUGUCUGGGGUAAGCUGGAGGAGAAGGCAUUGAAGAUGAAUCCAAAGAAUCUUGAUGAACUCUGGGAGUCCUGCAAGAACGCUUUCUUUGCCAUUCCAGAUGACUUUAUUAAUCAGUGAUUUGAGUCAAUGCAGAGAUGUAUGGAUGCAGUCCUCCAAGCUCAUGAUGGAGUCAGACACAAUAUUAACUCUUCCACUGCACCAUGACUUUAUAGUGACUUAAGUGACAAGACUUUUGACUAAGUAAAGUCAGACCUUACUGUCCUAAUGAAAUCAUUCAAAAUCAAGGCAUGAUCAUAUUUUAUUUUGGCGUAAUCUAGAGGUCUUUACCUUUUCAUAUAAGCCACUUCUGACACCAAAUGACCAACUUGAAGUCAAGUUAUUAUUUGUUGUUCCUAAAACUUGGAUAGGGGACAAGACUUUUGUCAGGUAGUGUAUAUACUAUUAUCGUGAUUACUAUAUUUUUUCGAUAUAUCUUGCAGCCCUAAAUCAAACCACAGCCUGCGGAGAACGAAAACUAAAUAGGAGCGCAAAUAUAUUUAUAGGAAAUCUAUUCUGAAGUCCUUCACCCUCGCAGUGCAGGUUAGUUUUUUAAGACUAGUUUUCUAAGAUGAUCUGCCUACAUGAAUAAAGCGAGAACGAGCGCGAGAUCCUGAUUCUAUUCAAGCCUUACUGCCUCAUAUAGCCCUUUUCUGAUGUUACGCAGAGGAAACGCUCGGGAUCGUGAACAGCUUCUUCUCCUUAUCAUUCCAGCACAAUCUUUGGCUGUUUGUGUUCAGCUGCUUCUUGUUGUCAACCAGCGAAGGCCGUACACGUGCAGUAUCCACACUUUUAGGUUUAGCUGUAAGAGAUCGAUUUUGGAGACCAGACACUGCAGGAGUAUAGAAAUAAUAACUCGUAUUAUGAUUCUCAAAUCUAUAGACGCAAAUGCUACAAAAGAAAUGCAUAUAGUAUAGCUAUAGUUGACCCAAAAACGAAAAUUCUGUCAUCAUUUACUCACCCUUCACCUCAUUUAAAACCUAUUUGACUUUCUUAUGUUAAACACACACACACACACAAGAAAGUAUUUUUUUAACAAAGCUAGAAACCUGUAACCAUUGACUUUCAUUGUAAUUGUUUUCCUACCAUUGAAAGUCAAUGGUUACAGGUUUUUGGCUUUUUUCAAAACAUCUUACUUGGUGUUCAACAACAAAAAAGCCUCAUGAGAGAGAGUUAAUAUUGAACAUUUUCAUUUUUGGGGUGAACUGCCCCUUUAAAAAGUCUAUUUUGGAUGUUUUCUUGGCAUUAGACUGGAAAAAUAGUCCUAAAUGCAUGACAAGCACAAGUAAACAAGGUUUUUCCUGCAGUGUCUCAAAUUAAAAGUGUUGUUCCAGUGCCAAACGACUCCCAGAUCUGGAAUCAGUGUGUUUCUGCAUGCGCGCUGCCGCCGCCGGACCUUUCAGUAUUUACCUUUCCCGUCAGUAUACGCCGAUAAAUACCAGUUUUAUUUUUUAAUAAGCUUAUUUUUCCACAGAGGCGCACAAUGGUGUGUAUUUAGUAGCAUGUCGUCAUUUUAAGUGGCUAUUUUUAAACAGACUUGUUGUUGCGGCUUUGAAGUUUUAACCUCAAUGGUUUCUAAUCGGUACAGUGUGAAAAUUCGAGGAUCGCGACGACGGAAGCCGGCAAAUAAAACCGAUUCAUUCAUGAACGACGCCGAUAUCUUUGAUUUAUAUUUUCAUAAAAACUCCACAGAGGUCAAACUAAAAACUAUUGAUGUUUACAUGUUUUAUUGCUAAACAAAUUGCGAAGUGAUCAGUGCUUAAAUCUCUUUAUUUACGACGUUUCCUUGUUUUAGUCUUUGAGAAAUGCAGAUUUAAAAAAAAAAAGCUGUAACACAAACGUUUUUAAUUAUAUCGCGUAUUCUUUUCUGCUGAAAUGUGUUCACGAACACACACUCAUAACGAUGGCAGUGAUGUUUGUUGCGCUUUCUCCAUCUGAGCUUUAGAUGCUCCUUUAAACCCAGUCGUUAUAUGAUGUUUUAUUUGUCAAUGUUUGCCACACGUGAGGUUUGAUUUCCAGUGAUUUCUUUAUUUUUUUGCGCAGAAACAAACUCUUCUUUUUAUUGUAUAGAUCAUCCAAAUGGCAGUUUCAGCAAUAAAAUGUUGUAUUAUUGAUCCA